GUCCCCGUCCUCUCUGCCUCCUCCCCCUCCUCCCCUCGAGUGAUUCGGUGCCCGACGGAGGAAGGAGGGCGAGAGGGGGUCAGGAGGAGGAUGGGGGCCGGCCUCCCCCCGGGGCUGCUGGCGCUGGGGGCGGCUUUGCUGUGCCCGCCGCCUUGCCAGGGCAGCUGCGCGGAGCUGAAGUGCGGCGAGCAGGAGAGCUGCUGCAGCUACGGCAACGCCACCUACCCGGAGGUCAAGUGCUGCCGGCUGCCCUUUCACACGUUCCUGGACAACGUGGGCUGGUUCGUGAGGAAGCUCUCCGGGCUGCUCAUCUUGCUGGUGCUCUUCGCCAUCGGCUACUUCCUGCAGCGCGUCAUCUGCCCGAGUCCGCGCAGGAACAGCCGUCGCCGGCGCCCUGGACGCCGCCGCCGCGACGAGGACGACGACGACGACGACGACGAUUGCGACGGCGACAACGAGGGCGACGGGGACUCUCUGGCCCGGGGAGGCACCCCGCUCAACGCCACGGCCGCCACGUCGCAGGACUCGCUGCUCGACAGCGGCAGGAGCAGCCAGGCGCCGCCGCCGCCGCCGCCCCCCUUUCUGCCCGUCGUGUCGCCCGUCUUCUUGCAGCUGCCCAGCUACGAGGAGGUGAAGUAUUUGCCCACGUACGAGGAGUCCAUGCGUCUCCAGCAGCAGCAGCCCCUCGUACUCCCCGUCACCAGCCUGGCCACGGGCGCGGGAAGAGGCCUCGCGGAGCCCGGCUGCUGGGCGGGGGCGGGCAGCUGAGGACCCCCUACCUCGGCCCGCUUUCCCAUAGGGCCCC